GAGCGAGUGAACAACUAAACAUUUGAUAUAAACAUAUUAUUCGAAGAAAAGUCAAAUUUCGUUAAUAAAAGAUUUGUUUGCCGUUAUGCGAUAAGCAAAAUGUUUCUAAAAUCUAUUGAUGAUCUUUAUAUAGUUCAAGAGUUAGAUAGCCGAUAUUAUGGUUUCCUUGAUUUCACGGACCCUAAGAAUAAUGGAAUAAAAGAUCUUAUUCAACAAUCCAUUACAAUAUUGCAAGAUGAACUGGCUAGUUCUCAUUCAUUAAACAUAAGCAAGCAACGUGAUGAACAACAUGCCAAUGUAAAAACUGAUGUAUCUGUUAAAUAUGAGGAACAGAUUAAGGAAAACUCUGGCAUAGAAUCCAAUGUUUGUGAUACGAAAUUUGCAUUGGCAAGUGACUUGACAACUAAGGGAAAUAUCGGAGUUGGAGAAGUUGAUAUAAACACCUACUGUAAACUCGGUCAUUUGCAUUUGCUAUUGACUGAAUAUUAUGAAGCUCUAUCUGCCUAUCAGAAGUAUAUGCGGCUAUGUCCAAAAUAUUGGAAUAACCACAGCUUUUUAUACGGACUCGGAAUCGUUUACUUUGAAUUUCGUUGUUUUAAAUGGUAAGGAAUGUUAUAUAUUGACUUAAUAUG